UGUCACUUAGUCACAUUUCAGUUUCACUUCAAAGGCAUACAUACGUGAAUCAAAACGUAGCACUCUCUAAAAUUAAAUUCUUUGCGGAUUUCCUGUAAGUUCCUGUCGAUUGGUAUGCCUGAUCCGAGUGAGACCAUAUACAACUUGACUGCUGGACAGGGGACGACCAUGACGCCCUUGUACACGAUCAUGAUGCACGCAGAACUGGAUGGCCAGAAGGAGCUGGGACCGGAAAUGGCGGAGCUGCUGGAGUGGCUGGGACGCUGCUUGAAGAUUGUCAUUUCGGACGGACGUGUCCUGAUGGGAACGUUUCUGCAAACGGAUGUUGAUGUCAAUAUAGUCCUCGGCAACUGCUCCGAGUAUCCGUUGGAGAAUGGACUGCCCAAGUUCUUGGGCACCGUAAAAGUCCCGUGCGAGCACAUUGUCUGCAUGUGCAUCCACGGGGGACCCUAAGCCCCAAGGGCGAAGUACAGUACAGUUCAGACCAGACCUUUCUUAGAUUCAAUUCAACCGAGUAAACUUGUAUUUGAAAGCCGCCAGAGGUUUUACAAUUUAGAAGACCCAGAAAAUGUGAUACCGAAUUGCAGUUUUGAAAUUAAAUUUCCAUUUUACCAUAC